CUUUCAAUUCUCCUUCUCCUCCUCCCCUUUUCGUUGACCCCUUCUCUUUUCUGCUGUCGCCUGGGGUGCUCCCCCAGCGGAGCGGAGAUUACAGAGUGGUCGGGAUGCCCCAACUCUCCGGGGCAGGCGGCGGCGGUGGGGGGGACCCGGAACUCUGCGCCACGGACGAGAUGAUCCCCUUCAAAGACGAGGGCGAUCCCCAGAAGGAGAAGAUUUUCGCCGAGAUCAGUCACCCUGAAGAGGAAGGUGACUUAGCCGACAUCAAGUCUUCCUUGGUUAACGAAUCCGAAAUCAUCCCGGCGAGCAACGGCCACGAGGUGGCCAGACAAGCACAAACCUCUCAGGACUCCUACCAUGACAAGGCCAGAGAACACCCUGAUGACGGAAAGCAUCCAGAUGGAGGACUCUACAACAAGGGACCCUCUUACUCGAGUUAUUCCGGGUACAUAAUGAUGCCAAACAUGAAUAAUGACCCAUACAUGUCCAAUGGCUCUCUUUCUCCGCCCAUCCCGAGAACAUCAAAUAAAGUGCCCGUGGUGCAGCCAUCCCACGCAGUCCAUCCUCUCACCCCCCUCAUCACUUACAGCGACGAGCACUUUUCUCCAGGAUCACACCCGUCACACAUCCCGUCGGAUGUCAGCUCCAAACAAGGCAUGUCCAGACAUCCUCCAGCUCCCGAGAUCCCUACCUUCUAUCCCCUGUCUCCGGGUGGUGUUGGACAGAUUACCCCACCUCUUGGCUGGCAAGGUCAGCCUGUAUAUCCCGUCACGGGAGGCUUCAGGCAACCCUACCCAUCCUCCCUGUCAGUCGACACUUCCAUGUCCAGGUUUUCUCAUCAUAUGAUUCCUGGUCCUCCCGGUCCCCACACAACUGGCAUCCCACAUCCAGCUAUCGUAACGCCUCAGGUCAAACAGGAACACCCGCACACUGACAGCGACCUAAUGCACGUGAAGCCUCAGCAUGAACAGAGGAAGGAGCAGGAGCCCAAGAGACCUCACAUCAAGAAGCCUCUGAAUGCCUUUAUGUUAUACAUGAAAGAAAUGAGAGCGAAUGUCGUAGCGGAGUGCACCCUAAAGGAAAGUGCCGCUAUCAACCAGAUUCUAGGCAGAAGGUGGCAUGCCCUCUCUCGUGAAGAGCAGGCUAAAUAUUAUGAAUUAGCGCGGAAGGAAAGACAGCUACAUAUGCAGCUCUAUCCAGGCUGGUCUGCAAGAGACAAUUAUGGUAAGAAAAAGAAGAGGAAGAGAGAGAAACUACAGGAAUCUACAUCAGGUACAGGUCCAAGAAUGACAGCUGCCUACAUCUGAAACAUGGUGGAAAACGAAGCUCAUUCCCCACGUGCAAAGCCAAGGCAGCGACCCCGGGACCUCUCCUGGAGAUGGAAGCUUGUUGAACACCCAGACUGUCUCCACGGCUUGCCCAGUCGACCCCAAAGGAGAAAUGACACCAACUUCACCCUGAGGUCACUGCUAGAGACGCUGAUCCAUAAAGACAAUCACUGCCAAACCCCCUUUCAUCUACUGCGAGAGCCAUGUUCCACAAUAAAAAGCAUACAAGGUUUUUCAAAAGAAAAAAAGCACAUGAGCAUGCUAGCAGGCCCUGGGUCAGCUGAGCAGCUUUCCUCCCCCGUCUCCGCCGUGCACUUCCCAGAGCAUCCCGCCUCCAUACCUGUAACCUCCUGGCAAGGACAGUAACUUGGCUGCUUUUGCCUGCCCCGAGCCCUGGGAGCGGCCGCAGCACAGCCGUCAGCAUCCCGGAGGGAACUUGUGGAAGAGUUCCCUCUUUGUUUCUGGCUUCAUGUUUGUUUCUCUUUUCCUCAAGCUUUUAUUUAACAGUGCAAAAGGAUCAAUCUUGUUUGCUUCUUUUUUUUUUAAACUUGAAUUUUUUUAAUUUACACUUUUUAGUUUUAAUCUUCUUGUAUAUUUUGCUAGCGAUGAGGUUUUUAAGUAAAAUCGAAAGAUCUGGAAGAGUUUGAAAUAAAAACGAAAUGAAAAGAAGCCCUCUUCUUUUGAGGGAUAUCUUGUCCGCUAAGGGGCUUCUCGGUGAAUUACCUGUAAUAAUAGUAGCCUGUCUUUGUAAGGUGUCCGAUAGAGCUAAGUAAACUGUAACAGCCAGUCCACUCUGUGGGUAGCAGUUGGCAGUCCUCUUUCAUUUUAUUUUUCUUAUGAUCUCUUCUCUUUUUUUUAAAUGGUAAACCUUAACAGAUACUUUCAGCAGACCAGUUUGCAGUGAAUUUUCAUUUCUUUCCUUCUCACCCCCUUGUUGUAAAAAGCCCAGCACUUGAAUUGUUAUUACUUUAAAUGUUCUGUAUUUGUAUCUGUUUUUAUUAGCCAAUUAGUGGAAUUUUAAGCCAGUUGUUAAAAUGAGCAUUGAUGUACCCAUUUUUUUUUAAAUAGCAAGGCACAGCCUUUGCCCCAAACUGUCAUCUAACGUUUGUCAUUCCAGUUUGAGUUAACGU